AUGAAUUAAUAAUAUAUAAACCUAAUAACCAAUUUGUUUAGCUUAUCAUUGACACAGCUCCUAUAUAAAUUUCAAGUUUAUCCAGCAGAAUGUUUUCAUCAGAAAUCUGCUGUUGGAUUAACACUUUGGAGUUUAAAGUAGUCAAUUUUGAGUGAAUAUGUAGACAAAUUGAUUUAAUAAUUACAAGAUCUAUUAUCUAUAUUAGAAGGCAUAGAAAUAUAAAUUAAAUAAGACAAUAAGAUUCUUACUACUUAUACAAUCAAUAUAGUUUUUAAUUAAGAAAAUAAUGAAUAAUUCUCUUAAUUUGACUCAGAUAUUCAACUCAAAACUUUGAUUUAUACAUUGAAUUAAAAACUAAAAACAUAUAAAGUAGAUGAUAAACCAAAAACAUUUAGUGUUAAUUUUUUAUCUAAUGGUGCUGAAACUCAGAAUAAAGGAGUUUAAGAAAAUUUAUUAUAAAAUUGGAUACUCAUCAAAGAAACAAAAAAAAGAGAAACACAAUUAGUAAAUUCACUUCAUAUGCCAAAUCUAGAUAUCUUGGUUGGAUUAAUUUGA